AUGCAACACUAUCUCAGUCUGUUCAUAUCUAUCUAUCUAUCUAUCUAUCUAUCUAAUUUUAUCUUUUCAUCAACACUUAAGAUGAAAGAAUUCUAUAUCUAUCAAACUACGGUUAUCUAUCUAUCUCAGUCUCAUCAUAUCUAUCUAUCUAUCUAUCUAUCUAUCUAUCUAUCUAUCUAUCUAUCUAUCUCUGUUCGCAUCUAUCUAUCUAUCUAUCUAUCUAUCUAUCUCUGUUCGCAUCUAUCUAUCUAUCUAUCUAUCUAUCUAUCUAUCUAUCUUAGUCUAUUCAUAUCUAUCUAUCUAUCUAUCUAUCUAUCUAUCUAUCUAUCUAUCUAUCUAUCUCAGUCUCAUCAUAUCUAUCUAUCUAUCUAUCUAUCUAUCUAUCUAUCUAUCUAUCUAUCUAUCUAUCUGUACACUCGACUUCCCGCUACGAAAUCAAAUCGGGGUACACUCAACGCUACGAAAUCAAAUCGAGGUACACUCGACUUCCCGCUACGAAAUCAAAUCGGGUACACGCUAACAAAUCGAGGUACACUCGACUUCCCGCUACGAAAUCAAAUCGGGGUACACUCAACGCUACGAAAUCAAAUCGAGGUACACUCGACUUACCGCUACGAAAUCAGGUCGGGAUACAGUCGACUUCCCGCUACGAAAUCAAAUCAGGGUACACUCAACUUCCACCUACAAAAUCAGAUCGUGGUGCACUCAACUUCCUGCUCCGAAAUCAGGUGGGGGUACAGUCGACUUCAACUACGAAGUCAAAUCGUGGUAUACUCAACUUCCCGCUACGAAAUCAGAUCAGGGUACUCUCGACUUUCCGCCACGAAAGCAGGUCGGGGUAUACAUGCAUUCUCUGUAUGA